AUGACUGGCUUUCCUGACCUGAACCUCUGGCGUUCGCGGGCGGUCUCCAUCUGGAGCCGGGAGAGGCUCGGCGUCGGGGACAAGCCCAAUGAGAGCUAUUGCUACAGCACGGCCCAGGACAGCACGGUGCUCCAGGGAGUGACCUUCGGCGGAAUUCCCACCGUCCUGCUCAUCGACGUCUGCUGCUUCUUGGUUUUAAUAUUGGUGUUUACCAUCAUUCGGAGGAGAUUCUGGGAUUAUGGCCGAAUUGCCCUUGUUUCGGAAGCAGAAAGUGAGUCCAGUUACCAACGAUUGUCUUCCUCUUCCUCCUCCUCACAUCACGACUUUGAAAGUGAUUGGGGGUGUUGUUCAUGGCUAACUGCUGUCUUCCGAAUGCAGGAUGAGGAGAUCCAGGAGCGGUGUGGAGAUGACGCCGUUCACUACCUGGCCUUCCAGCGCCACAUCAUCUUCCUGCUGGUGGUGAUCAGUGUCCUGUCGUUGUGUGUCAUCCUGCCCGUCAACCUUUCUGGGGACUUAUUGGAUAAAGAUCCUUACAAUUUUGGGAGAACGACGAUAGCAAAUUUGCAGACCGGCAACGACCUUCUGUGGCUUCACACCAUCUUUGCGGUGAUUUAUCUCAUCCUCACGGUCCUCUUCAUGAAGCAUCACAUGCAGUCCAUCAAGUACAAAGAGGAAAGCCUGGUGAGGCGCACGCUGUUCAUAACGGGGCUCCCCAGAAAUGUCCAGAAAGAGGCGGUCGAGAACCACUUCAGGGAUGCCUACCCAACCUGCAGGGUAGUGGACGUCCAGCUGUGCUACAACGUGGCCAGGCUGAUUUACCUGUGCAAGGAAAGGAAGAAAGCCGAGAAAAGCCUGACCUACUUCACAAACCUGCAGAAUAAGACCGGUCGGCACACCCUGAUCAACCCGAAGCCCUGUGGUCAGUUCUGCUGCUGUGAAGUUCAGGGAUGUGAACGGGAGGAUGCUGUUUCUUACUACAGCAGGAUGAAGGAUGACCUCAUGGAAAAGGUCUUACAGGAGGAACAGGCUGUUCAGAACCAACCCUUGGGAAUGGCCUUCGUCACCUUCCAGGACAAGUCGAUGGCCAAAUACAUCCUUAAAGACUUCAACGCCUGCAAAUGUCAAGGCUGCCUGUGCCAAGGAGAGCCUCAGCCGUCCUCCUUUAGCAAAGACCUCCACAUCUCCAACUGGAGUGUCAACUUUGCCACCUACCCGGAGAACAUCUGCUGGAAGAACCUCUCCAUCCAGGGCCCUCGCUGGUGGCUCCAGUGGUUGGGCAUCAACUUCUUUCUCUUCGUGGUGCUCUUCUUCCUGACCACACCCUCCAUCAUUAUUUCCACCAUGGACAAGUUCAACGUCACCAAGCCCAUCCGCUACCUGAAUGAUCCGAUAAUCAGCCAGUUCUUCCCAACACUCCUUCUGUGGGCCUUCUCGGCGCUGCUGCCAACCAUUGUCUAUUACUCCACCCUGCUGGAGUGCCACUGGAGCAAAUCGGGAGAAAACCGGAUCAUGAUGACGAAGGUCUACAUUUUCUUGAUCUUUAUGGUGCUGAUUUUACCUUCCCUUGGUUUGACCAGCUUGGACUUUUUCUUCCGCUGGCUGUUUGACAGAGCCUCAGCCGAGCCGUCAGUUAGGCUGGAGUGUGUCUUCCUGCCCGACCAGGGGGCCUUCUUCGUGAACUACGUCAUCGCCUCUGCCUUCAUCGGCAGUGCCAUGGAGCUCCUUCGCCUGCCUGGCCUCAUCCUCUACACCAUCCGCAUGGUCACGGCCAAGACCGCCGCAGAUCGGAGGAACCUCAGACAGCACCAGGCGUUCGAGUACGAGUUUGGGGUGAUGUACGCUUGGAUGCUGUGUGUGUUCUCUGUCAUCAUGGCCUACAGCAUCACCUGCCCUAUCAUUGUCCCGUUCGGUCUCAUCUAUAUCUUGCUCAAACACAUGGUGGAUCGCCACAACCUGUACUUCGCCUAUCUCCCCACCAAGCUGGAGAAGAAGAUUCACUUCGCAGCGGUGAACCAGGCCCUAGCAGCCCCCAUCCUCUGCCUCUUCUGGCUGUAUUUCUUCUCCUUCCUCCGGCUGGGCUUCAAAGCUCCCACGUCCCUCUUCACAUUUCUCGUUGUGCUCCUCACCAUCCUCAUUUGUGUAGCCUACACCUGUUUCAGCUGCUUCAAGCAUCUGAGCCCUCUGAAUUACAAGAUAGAUGACUCGACAAGCGAACGAGGAAACGAAACAGAAGUGCCAACAGCUCCACAAUCAGCUAUGUAUGUCCCCCGAGUCCUGGUCACUUCAGAGAAGACCACCCUGGCCCCUCAGGAGCAGCUGACGUACGGCGCCAUCAGCGAGCCUCCGGCCAGUCCCACGAGGCCCGGGGCCUUUGGGCCGGCCUUCCAGAAAGCCUAGAAGGGACCCGAGCUUCCCAGGCUGGCUACAAGGUGGAACAGCGGGGCUGGCCGAGGAGCUCAAGAAGCACGAAGUCCUGGCUUCUGGGCUGGGUCCCCUUUCAAACUUCCUGCUCUGCCCUGCCCUGGGAAGAAGCAGCAGUAACCGGGCCCGAGGCUGAAACUUGUCAGCCAGGCUGGGAGAUUUAGGUCACUGCCCCCAUCCCCCUUCUCCCUCCUGAGCUGGGCAGAGGGCUGGCUGGUGGCGGGCUUCCCCUGGGGAAUGGAGGGUUGACAGCCAAAAAGCUCCCACCCCUUGCCCCCUCACCACCCCUUCAGGGGCAGCUGGAAUGUUGCCUCCUGGCUUUUAACCAGACCCAUAUUUAUUUUGUCGUCCACCUGGGUGGGAUUGCCAGGGCUGUAGCCCGUGCCAGAAGUGUAGGUAUCAUUGGGUGAGAGUAGAGCUGUCCGAAUGCCUUCCUUAUGGGCAGCUUCGCUCCUUCUUCCUACCCUUUCCCCGCCCAUGCAUCCCCACCCAACCCACUUGGUGGUCAAGGGCCCUCUGGACCAGUGAGGGAAACCAGACCCCUCUUCCCCCAUUUCUGGCGAAGGCUGCCCAGCCAACUCAGGACCGCCCAGCCUGGGCCAUCACUAGUGAAGAGUGGGAGUGUUUUCUGCACUCCCCUUUUCUUUUUAAACUCUUGGAUUGCACCAAAGACUGCACUUGUGUCUGCCAGCUCCCAGCCUGGCUGGUACGUGGGCGCCGGGGCUGGGAGGGGUGAGGUUUUACUGAUGCUAGACAUGUGUGGGUUCAGUCUGCCAAAGGCCUGUAUUUUUGCUAAAGGGGAAUUGGGCACUAAUGCUAAUGAGCGUCACUUAAUAAAGUACGGACAUGUGAGAGAUUG